AUGCAAACUGAGAAAUGCAAGGAGAGAGAGGCGCUUUUGUCACCUCCUCCACAGCCUUCUUUUUGGUGGAGUGCUUUUGGAUCUCCUCCGUUGACUACGCAGAGCCUUCCCGGAGAAUCUUAUGAGUCAUUCGCCGGAGUUAAGGUAGUUACUCCGGAGACAGAAGAAGGUGGUGGAAAGAAUUCAAGAGAUGUCCCAAAGCCUAAUGUUGCUUUUGCUUUGCUAUCAUCUUGCUUCGAGUUUGGAUUCGCACAACCAACGAUCUACACAAAGCAUCCUCAUGGGGAACAAUACUAUGGAGUAGUUUCAUCCUAUGGAUCUCAGAUGCCGUCAAGCCGAGUAAUGAUGCCUCUGAAAAUGGAGACAGAAGAAGAUGUUACGAUCUAUGUUAACUCAAAGCAGUACCACGGAAUCAUCAGGCGGCGCCAGUCACGUGCCAAGGCUGUUCUGAAGAACAAACUGAGUAAAUGCCGUAAGCAGCCGUAUAUGCAUCACUCUCGCCAUCUCCACGCUAUGCGUCGUCCUAGAGGAUCCGGAGGGCGUUUCUUGAACACCAAGAAAGCUGAUCCGGGUAAGCAGUCUAAAACAAGCAAUUCUCAGGAUUCGUCUGAAGUAACAACGAACUCAUACGUGCCAAAUGUCUCGGGAAGUAUGGAUUACUUUCUAAGUUCCUCGGUCCAUUCUCUUGGUGGUAUGGUCAUGCCAAGCAAGUGGAUUGCAGCAGCAAUGGAUAUUGGCUGCUGCAAUCUCAAAACCUGA